AUCUUCUCACCAUCGCCGAGACUAUGAGCAACCCUUUGCUUUUGAACUACCACGAUGCGGUCCUGUACCAAUCUGACUUGAACAUCCUUGAGUCUCCCCGUGUCUGGUUGAAUGAUGCGUGCAUGAACUUUGUCUUGACUCGACUGGGAAAGGAAUUUGCCUCCAGGUGUCGGUUUGUCGAUCCCUCGGUCUUGUCCUUUUUCAUGCAUCAAUGGGACGAAGAAGAAGAUGGCGAUGAAGAUGUUUUGGGACUAAAGCGGCCACAAGACGAUGGAAGCACCCUCUUUUUAUUUCUACCCAUCAACGACAACUACGUGAGUCAGAAUUGGACCAACCCGGGAGGAGGCACUCAUUGGAGUUUGCUUCUGUUAGCGAUGGAAAAGAAGAAAGACGGCAGCCAAUUUUGGCAUUUUGAUUCUUCUGCCGGAUCCAACCAACGGGCCGCCUUGGCUGUCGCACAAAAGAUCCAACGAGUCAUGAACCACCAUCCGAAACAUCCCAUGGAAGAGUGCACGGCACCCCAGCAACAAAAUGGUUAUGACUGUGGACUGCAUACAUUGGCCACGGCAAGAGCACUGGCCAUGGCCUUUUCCUCUGGAGAAGAAAACAAGUUUCGAAAGGAUACUUUGGAAGACAUAGUCCGACAAACAGUGGCCACAUCACCCUCCUUCUUUUCCAAGAUGCGACAAGCCAUGGUCCAGGACAUUCAAAGUCUGAUUCAAGAGGAUUCCUAAUGAUCGUCGAUGUGAUACGAACAAUCAUCUGGAUCAAUGGGGGACAAACUAGUCAGUUGCAAUUUAGCACAACAGAAAGCAUUUGCAGCUACAUAGUACCAUAGGGAUUAUUUCAACUGAAUCCAU